CUUCGCGGCGCCCCGGUCCCUCCCCCGCCGCACCCCGCCCCGGCGAAAGAAGAGAGCGCGAGAGCCCGAGCCGCGGGCGGGCGGGCGGCGAAGAUGGCAGAGGCACCGGCCUCCCCGACCCUGCUUUCGCCGCUGGAAGUGGAGCUGGACCCUGAGUUCGAGCCCCAGAGCCGGCCGCGCUCCUGUACGUGGCCCUUGCAGAGGCCGGAGCUCCAGGCGAGCCCGGCCAAGCCCUCGGGGGAGGCGGCCGCCGAUUCCAUGAUCCCCGAGGAGGACGACGAUGAAGACGAGGAGGACGGCGGCGGUGGGGCCGGCUCGGCUAUGGCGAUCGGCGGCGGCGAGAGCGGCACGCUGGGCUCGGGGCUGCUUCUUGAGGACCCGGCUAGGCUGCUGGCUCCCGGAGGGCAGGACCCUGGGUCCGGGCAAGCCCCCGCGGCGGGCGCGCUGAGCGGGGGGAUGCAGACGCCGCUGCAGCCUCAGCAGCCGCUGCCACCGCCGCAGCCGGGGGCGGCUGGGGGCUCCGGGCAACCGAGGAAAUGCUCGUCGCGCCGGAACGCUUGGGGGAACCUGUCCUACGCUGAUCUGAUCACCCGCGCCAUCGAGAGCUCUCCGGACAAGCGGCUCACCCUGUCCCAGAUCUACGAGUGGAUGGUGCGCUGCGUGCCCUACUUCAAGGAUAAGGGCGAUAGCAACAGCUCGGCGGGUUGGAAGAACUCUAUCCGGCACAACCUGUCACUGCAUAGCAGGUUCAUGCGGGUCCAGAAUGAGGGGACCGGCAAGAGUUCUUGGUGGAUCAUCAACCCCGAUGGGGGGAAGAGUGGAAAGGCACCCCGGCGGCGGGCAGUGUCCAUGGACAACAGCAACAAGUAUACCAAGAGCCGUGGCCGUGCAGCCAAGAAGAAGGCAGCCCUGCAGACGGCCCCUGAGUCAGCAGAUGACAGUCCCUCCCAGCUUUCCAAGUGGCCUGGCAGCCCCACCUCACGCAGCAGUGAUGAGCUGGAUGCGUGGACGGACUUCCGCUCACGCACCAAUUCUAAUGCCAGCACGGUCAGCGGCCGCCUGUCACCCAUCCUGGCAAGCACAGAGUUGGACGACGUCCAGGACGAUGACGCACCUCUCUCCCCCAUGCUCUACAGCAGCUCAGCCAGCCUUUCACCCUCUGUAAACAAGCCAUGCACUGUAGAGCUGCCACGGCUGACUGACAUGGCAGGCACCAUGAAUCUGAACGAUGGGCUGGCUGACAACCUCAUGGAUGACCUGCUGGACAACAUCACGCUCCCGUCGUCCCAGACAUCGCCUCCUGGGGCGCUUAUGCAGCGGAGCUCCAGCUUCCCGUACACCACCAAGGGCUCCACCCUGGGUUCUCCAACCAGCUCCUUUAACAGCACGGUGUUUGGACCUCCAUCUCUGAAUUCCCUACGCCAGUCUCCCAUGCAAACCAUCCAAGAGAACAAGCCGGCCACUUUCUCUUCCCUUUCACACUAUGGCAACCAGACACUCCAAGACCUGCUUACUUCGGACUCGCUCAGCCACAGUGAUGUCAUGAUGACCCAGUCGGACCCUUUGAUGUCUCAGGCCAGCACUGCUGUGUCUGCCCAGAACUCACACCGGAACGUGAUGCUUCACAAUGACCCGAUGAUGUCCUUUGCUGCCCAGCCCAACCAGGGGAGUUUGGUCAAUCAGAACUUGCUCCACCACCAGCACCAAACCCAGGGCGCUCUUGGUGGCAGCCGUGCCUUGUCGAAUUCUGUCAGCAACAUGGGCUUGAGUGACUCCAGCAGCCUUCGGUCAGCCAAACACCAGCAGCAGUCUCCUGUCAGCCAGUCUAUGCAAACCCUCUCAGACUCUCUCUCAGGCUCCUCCUUGUACUCAACUAGUGCAAACCUUCCCGUUAUGGGCCAUGAGAAGUUCCCCAGCGAUUUGGACCUGGACAUGUUCAACGGGAGCUUGGAAUGUGACAUGGAGUCCAUUAUCCGUAGUGAACUCAUGGAUGCUGAUGGGUUGGAUUUUAACUUUGAUUCCCUCAUCUCCACACAGAACGUUGUUGGUUUGAACGUGGGGAACUUCACUGGUGCUAAGCAGGCCUCAUCUCAGAGCUGGGUGCCAGGCUGAAUGAUCACUGAGAAAAGAGGAAGUGGGCAAAGCAGACCCUCAAACUGACACAAGACCUACAGAGAAAACUCUUUGCCAAAUCUGCUCUCAGCAAGUGGACAGUGAUACCGUUUACAGCUUAACACCGUUGUGAAUCCCACACCAUUUUCCUAACCCAGCAGAGACUGUUAAUGGCCCCUUAACCUGGGUGAAGCACCCUUGGAACAGAAUUCUAUAAAGUAUGCAAAAUCUUCCUUGUACAGGGUGAUGAGACACCUGCCAGCGGAGGACAGCACCCAGUCAGCACCACCCACCUUUAGAGCACACCAUGCCCCCCGUUGGCGAUUCUGUGGUGUUUUCAUACUGCGAUGGUUUAUGGGAUGUUUUAACUGUUGUUUUUGUCUUUGUUUUCCUUUGACUUUCUGAGUUUUUCACAUGCAUUAACUUGCAGUAUUUUUCUGUCAAAAUGUCAACCAUCCUUUCCCUGGCAAAUUUAAAAACAGAAGGAAAAUGUACCAGUUACCAUUCCGGCUUUGGGUAUCACAAGCUUUUGAGCCCAUGGAACUCCAUAAACUAACCUAUUACAUAAACUAGAGAGGAAUUUUCUCUCGUCUUUUGUUUGGUAGAAAAUUAUCCUUUUUCUAAAAACUGAACAAUGGCACAAUUGUUUGCUACGCGUACCAGUGCAGGACUGGACCCUGCAUAGGCAAAACGAAUGAAGCGCAGCGUCCGACCCAGCGUAUUUUCAGUUCUGAGUAAGGGCUGGUCUGUGAACGAGACCCCCGGCACCUGGUCUGCAGUUGCCACGUUGAUAGGGCCUGUGGUCUCCUGUCAGUAUCCUUGGCUAAUGCAACGAACAGUGUUGGUUUGUUGGUUAGAAACUAGGCUCUUUUCAGGAAAGAAAUCAGCUUAGCUGUCCACUCUUUGCCAAAUGCCACUAAAGGAUUUAGUUUUAAGGAGAAAAGGAAAAAAAUAGUUCUGUUUUGUUUUGCGGAAGAAAUGAAAUUACAGGUGAGCGUUAAGUCUGCAGUGAGAAAUGUGUCAAGAGUGCAAACCUGAGUCAGUACUGAGGUAGUUCCAACGUCACUGUUUUCCUAAAUACACAUCUUUGAGGAUUUUCAGCCUUGCUGUGUAUAACCUGAUCUACUAGAAUUGUAUAAGUGAGAGGCAAUACCAUACAAGCGGAUUUUUUUUUUUUUAAUGUAUAAGCUUAGAUUAUAAUUGUACAAAUGAUACAGUGGAAGUACAAGAUAGGGCAAUUUUAACUUUUUUUAAUUUUCCUGCUUCUAUGAAUUUCAUUUUGUUUUGUUUUCAAAAAGUAUGGUGCUGUAUAGGUGCUUUCUGUUUAACCUGGGAAGUGUGAUUAUAUUUGUUAUCCUCCUUGGUGUAGAGAAUAGUUGGGACACCUUUUGGUACAUAUGAAAUUGGUAUAAUGACGCUCUGAUUAGCACAGCAUAUGCAUACUUCUCCAAAGUGAUAUAUGAAGACUCCUUUCUUUGCAUAAAAAAGCAUUAGGCAUAUAAAUGUAUAAAUAUAUUUUAUCAUGUACAGUACAGAAAUGGAACAUUAUGCAUGGAUGUUAGGAAUACAGGCUAGUAUUUCAGCACAGACUUCCCUGCAUGAGUUCUCGCCGAUGCUUGCACCGUGCAGUGGGCAGUGACUCCCGUCCACCAACACAGACGUGCCACCUGCCCCCCUGCACACUUGCCAUCGUACGCCAGGGGCCCCCUUGUGCGCCUUUGCUUUAUAACUCCUCUGGGGGUGACACUGGUAGUGAUGACAGCUCCUAGCAUAAUGAAAGUUCCAUUUGGUAUUGUCACACAUCUCUCCCGCCUCGCUUGGGUUGUCAUGUUUGAGUGAUGGCCCUAUUGAUUUCACCCUUCUUUUUUUCCGAACCUGUAAAUUGUUGUGCAAUUGUGGUUAUAGUAGCCCUGUAGCAUAUCGCCUUUUCUAAACUGUGCUACAAGUUUAUAAUCUUCAUUUUAAAAGUAUAUAUAAUUUUUAAAAAAUAUGUAUUCUGUUCAGGUGGUCUGCUUGUCGGUGAGACAGACUUGCUUACUAUAUUCCUUUAUCCUAAUGCUGGCCACUUCCUCAGUUCUUUAGUAGUUUCCUCUACACAGGAGCUGUCCAGAAUCAGUGAAAGAGGGCUGCCUGUCUGGCUUCCCAAGUACUGCUGCCCAGGAUGGGGACACAGUUGAGAGGCAGUGGCAGCAGCUGGGGGUCGGUGGGGAGGAGAGGUGUCAAAUUCGAAGUGCUACCAAAGUGAGGGCGCUGAUCAUCUUUCUCCUGAGUUAAAAGAAACAAGCAAGCUAACAAAAUAGCUAUUUGCUUUUGCAGUUUUAUAGACCCUAGGAGCUGCUUUGGGAGUGAGAAAGGCAACCCUCAAAUGUGUUUCAACUUAAAAAAGUUGAAAUUCUUUCAGACAUGUGGCAUCUCGUGUGAUCUCUUCCGUUCCAAUGUUUGUUGGAUUUCAGGUAGAAUGUCUUACAAAAUGUCCUAGAACCAGAUUAUAAUUUAAUCUAAAACAGCUGAGAGAGGAAGAGGUAUCAGAGCAGGGCCGCCAUGGAGGGGAGUCCUUUGUGUUCUUGUGUUUUUUGUUUUGUUUUUAAUAACUCGAACAGCAUCUACAUGUAGAGUGUUGUGAGAGCUGAGACCAGGGCAGAGUCGAGUGCCAGCAUCAGCACCAUGAAACCUGCCAGCCCUAGAAAGAGGUCAGGCAGGAAUCCCAUAGAUAGGCCUGUCCAGGAUCAUGGCAGCCCCACUCUCACCUCAUCUCCUCUCAGCUGGCCACUCACAAGAGUGGUCAGGCUCCCUUAGAGUAGCCAGGUUCUAAGGCAGUCAAGCCAGGCAAAGUGUAGCUUGAGCCCUCUGUGUCUUGUAUCAAGUUCUGAGUGUCACGGGUAUCCUUACAAUAAAUUUUCUGAUCUGGAGCACCUCAGCAGAAUACUCAGUAGCCUCUAGGGGCCUGGCAGCUGUAAUGUUUGAACCCUGAUGAAUACUACCUGAGGCUACUCUUGGACUCUAAAUAAGCUGCUCUAGGGAGACUAACUACUUUUUUGAUGGGAAAUUAGAAAGAAGAGUAGCUAAUGUUGAAAGCGUGACAUGAACUCUGGUGCUCUCAGUUGCUGUCUUCAGGGCUCCAGAAGCUGAUACCUUUUACCAAAGUUAGCAAAGAGCUUUAUCAUAAGCCCUCGCUGUCCCGAUGUGAGAACAUACUGCCUGGUUUAGUGUACACCUUAACUGUGAGUGAAUCUGAGGUUGGUUUCCUUUAUUGCAUCCUCUGCGAUAUAAUGAUGGCUGAAACACAUCUUCUUAAAAAAAAUUUCAGAAGUUUGUCCCUCCUGCUAACAGAAGAUCGUGCACACAUGUGUAGUAGAAGGCAGACUUGGUAUUUGUUUUUGGUGAUUUUUAGCAUUAUACGUGUGCUGUUUCCCCAUCCUGAGGAGAGGAUGUCAGGGCUUACUACUCAUAACAGAUAUGCCCAGUCUUGGUGGGGGCGGGGGGCGGGGGUGGAUUUCAGGCGGCUUCCUAAUUUGUACACAGUUUAAGAAUGGUAGGGACACACUUUUACCUAAUGAACCCCAUUUAAAGAAUAUGAGCAUUUGAAUCUUGGAAAGACCCUCAAGAGUAAAGCAAACAGCCUGUCCACCAUUUCACGUAGUAAUGCCAAGGACUGGACAGGGAAAAUACACCUGUUACCUUUCCACUUGGAAAGCAAAAACCCUGACAGCUCUAAACUCUUUCUUUUUUCUCACCGUGUUUGGGAGAACAUUGUAUGGUUAGGUAUUAUGUUUUAGAGAAAAAUAAUGAAAAGCAAAAAUUUCUUACAGAAACGCAAUGACUGGCAAAGAGGUACGAGGAAGCAACCAUCUCCUGGAGACUGGGGGAGGCGAGGGUGGCACAGGAGGGGAAAAUGAAGUUCUUGUGAAUUCAUGUCUGUGAAACAAGAUCUUAAAGCAGAUGCCCAAAUAACCGAAAAGAGUGUAUUAUGUUUGAUCUAAAUUGUAAGUGGAUAACAUUUAUGCAGUUUGAAUGAUGGAAUAUUUUCCUCUUGUUUAGUUUUAUUCGUACUUAUUUUUCUUCGAUGAAUGAUUGGUUACAAGGCCUCUGCCACACUCCAGAAAUAUUUGUGCGGCUACUUUAAAAAACUGUCUAGUCACUUAUUUCUCUAAAAUUAUCUCAUUGCCUAGCAAUCAGUCUUCUCUCAUAUACUUGUCCUAGCACACUAUGUACACGGAAAAGUAAACAGAUGUGAAGGAGGACCAGAAAAAUUAGUUAAUAUUAAAAAAAAAAAACAUAUUGUGCAUUUUGGCUUCACAUGUUUAACUUUUUUUUAAGAAAAGAAGUAGCAUGAAUGGAAAAAGAAAUCUGUAUACAGUAUCUGUAAAACUGUCUUACCGUUUCAAUUUCUUGCUCAGACCCCAUACGAACUAGAAUUAAAUCAAUACCACUGGUGCAUGGCCAUAUUCAAACACCUAAGAGUCCGGCAGUUCACACUUUGAUUUGAAGCACCUCAUCCUUUCUCCCAAAGCGAACACUAUCAUAUUGCAUUCUUAUUGAGGAUUUUGUCUAACCAUGUGUCGCCAUGACUUUACUGCCUUUCUUCUCAAGGAUCAAAACCAGUUUGAUUUGGGAAUCUUCCCCUUUCCAAAUGAAAUAGAGAUGCAGUACUUUCCUUGGUGUUUGUAGAUAUUGCCUUGUGUAUUCCAUUUAAAAUCGUAAUCUAAUUUGUAAAAGAGAUGGUGACGCAUGUAAAUAAAGCAUUAAUGACACUCAA